AUGACUGUGAAUGAAAAUGCCAAUGAACCUGAAUUAGCCGAAGUUGUGAAUGAAAAUUUAGACGAAAAUCAAGCACUUCGUAGAUCAGCACGGAUACCAAAACCGAAAGCUAUGCCAGAUUACUCAUUAAAUAUCGUGUAUAUCAGCCGAUCUGCCAUAAGACCAAUGCUAUUAAAUAUGCCUACUUUUAGAAGAACAAUAAAUGGACUUGAACCAGAUUUUCUGUAUCCACUAGAAAAUGUAACAAUACCACAAGGACGUGAUGCAUCAUUCACAUGUGUUGUAAACAAUCUAGGUGGAUACCGGGUGAGUCAGAAUACAGCGUCUGCCAGUGACGGUGCUUUCACUAGGGUUGCAUGGAUAAAAGCCGAUACAAAAGCAAUAUUGGCCAUUCACGAGCACGUUAUUACAAAUAAUGCUCGUUUGUCGGUGACACAUAACGAUUAUAAUACAUGGACGUUACACGUACGAAAUGUACGUCGAGAAGAUCGUGGACAAUAUAUGUGUCAAGUGAAUACCGAUCCAAUGAAAAUGCAGACAGCAUUUCUUGAAGUAGUGAUACCACCGGAUAUUAUAUAUGAAGAAACAUCCGGUGACAUGAUGGUACCAGAAGGUGGAUCAGCAAAAUUAAUAUGUAAAGCACGUGGUUAUCCAAAACCAUUUAUAACAUGGCGACGUGAGGAUGGUGGUGAAAUUGUAGCACGUGGUGGUGUAAAUGGUAAAACAAGAUCAACUGUUGUUGAAGGUGAAGUGUUAACCUUGACAAAAGUAACACGUGGUGAAAUGGGUGCAUACUUAUGUAUAGCUGCGAAUGGUGUGCCACCAUCUGUCAGCAAACGAAUGAUGUUAUUAGUUCAUUUUCAUCCAUUAAUACAAGUUCCAAAUCAACUAGUUGGUGCACCAACGGGUACUGAUGUAACAUUACAAUGCCACGUGGAGGCCUCACCCAAGGCUAUUAAUUACUGGACACGAGAAUCAGGUCAUUUAUUUCGUGUACAAAUGCGGUUAACCAUUAAACGAUUGGAAAAAUCAGAUUUAGGUGGCUAUAAAUGUAUAUCGAAAAAUUCAAUUGGUGAUGCGGAGGGUAAUAUACGGCUUUAUGAAAUGGAAUUACAAAGACAUAAAAAACCAGGUUUGGACGAUGAUCCAAGUGAAGAAAUAUUGUUAAGUAGUGGUAGUGAAAAUGAUUUAUUAGAAGAUGGACAUCGUAGUUCUUCAGGUAGCAGUAAUAAUCGACAAUUAUCGUUACGUGAACCUAACGAUAUAUCAAUAAUACCAGAAGAUGGGCGACCAACUUCAACAAAUUGUGGACCAUCAAUACUACGUCAAUAUCAAGAUCUAGUGACCCUUUUAAUAUCAAUCAUAUUAUUCAAUUUAUUAUUUUGUUAUUAUUCAUAA